UUACACUCCCCCUCCCCUUCAUCCUUGAAAGCUCGCUGGUGAAGAAGAAGCUAAACCAGCCAUGGCGGCCACACUCAGCCUCCUCAAGCUCCCCAUCCUUCCCUCGUCAAAGCACCAAAAACCCAUCGCCCCAAACCCAAUUUCUUCAACACCCAUCAACCCAAAUCUCCCCCAAAUCCUCCUCAGACAAACCCCAAUCCCCCCGCUCAAGCCCGCCGCCCUCCUCCCUCUCAGUUCCAUCGCUUUCACUCUCAUGUUCGAUGCUCAGGAUGCGGCGGCGGUCGGCGGGGAAUUCGGGAUUCUGGAAGGGCGGAGCUUUGCUCUAAUUCACCCGAUUGUGAUGAGCGGGCUGUUUGCUUACACCUUGUACGCCGGAUACCUCGGCUGGCAGUGGCGGCGCGUGCGCACUCUGCAGGAGGAGAUCAGUGAGCUGAAGAAGCUGCUCCGGCCAGUUGCCACCGCCGUAUCCCCUUCUGAACCCUCCCCUGUUGAAUCCAAGAUUCAGCAACUUACUGAGGAGAGAAAGGAAUUGGUGAAGGGCUCAUUCAGAGACAGGCAUUUCAAUGCCGGUUCCCUACUGCUUGGGUUUGGGGUGUUUGAGGCCAUCUCUGGAGGACUUAACACCUGGCUUAGGACCGGGAAGCUUUUCCCAGGGCCUCACUUGUUUGCAGGGGCAACAAUCACCGUCUUGUGGGCGGCGGCGGCGGCCCUAGUGCCUGCAAUGCAGAAGGGAAGCGAAACCGCUAGGAGUCUUCACGUCGCGUUGAACGCGUUGAACGUUCUCCUCUUCGUGUCUCAAAUCCCCACCGGAAUCGACAUUCUCUUGAAGGUCUUUCAGUUCACCACCUGGCCUUAGUAGGGUUCUUGUGUCUCUAAUUUGAAGGUACAUUCCCAUGAGUUGUAGGGUAUAUGUUCAUAUAAAUGAGUGUAUGGACUGGACUUUCUUAUGGCACACAUACAUCUUUGGAAUUUCAGUCUAUCAACAAAUAUUGACAUGUCCACUGCAAGAAGUUUUGAGACUCUUUCAGACUGUUGCAUUUAACUAUUUCAUAUUCUUAUUUAGACUUUUAGAAAAAAUUACCCUAAACCUCACUUCUUUGUCACAUCAGCAUUUCACUAUCUUUUAUUUCAAUAACUUUUAUUUCUAUUU